AGAUGAAGAGGAGCGCGUGAAGCCUUCGUCUCGCGCUGCCGUUUCUCGUGGGGGGGACGAUGGCGGUCAGUGUGGGAGAUUGUUGUCGUUAAGAGACUCGGGGACGGAGAGAGAGAGAGAGAGAUGGGGGACCACCACGGUCACCGGAGGACCCUGACACUCGGGAGACUCACGCGCAAGUCCCGGGUCUCCAAGGAGACGAAGCUCCGGCUGCGCGUGAUCUUCCUGGAUGACAGCGAGCGCACGUUCGAGGUGGAGCAAAAGGUUUUAGGCGGAGACUUCUUCAACAAAGUGUGUGGUCAUCUGAAGCUGCUGGAGAAAGAGUACUUUGGGCUGGAGUUCAGACACCACAGCGGUAACUACGUGUGGUUGGAGCUUUUGAAGCCGCUCGCUAAACAGAUUAAAUACACCAACGAUCUGUUCUUCAGGUUUAUCGUAAAGUUUUUCCCUCCAGACCCUGGACAACUCAAGAGAGGCCUCACCAGGUAUCUUUUUGCCUUACAGAUCAAGCAGGACUUGUCGAACGGCAGUCUGACCUGUCAUGACAACAGCGCCGCCCUGCUGGUCUCGCACAUAUUGCAGUCAGAAUUAGGGGACUAUGACGAUGAGCUGGACUGCCAGCACUUAGAGAUGAAGCAGUACGUCCCCAACCAGGAAUAUAUCGACCAUAAGAUCAUCAAGUUUCACAAGAAAAACAGAGGUGCAUCCCCAGCCGAUUCCGACAUCCACCUGCUGGAGGUAGCAAGGAAGUUGGACAUGUACGGCAUCAGGCCUCACCCAGCCCACGAUGGAGAGGGAAUGAGGAUAAAUCUGGCUGUCACACACUCUGGAGUACUCGUCUUCCAGGGAAACACAAAAAUCAACACGUUCAGCUGGGCCAACGUCCGCAAGCUCAGCUUCAAGCGAAAACACUUCCUUAUCAAACUUCAUGAAAAAGUUGGGCCAUCGGGUAAGGACAUACUGGAGUUCUCCAUGGCCAGUCGAGAUGUGUGCAAGUACUUCUGGAAGAUGUGUGUAGAGUACCAUGCCUUCUUCAGACUGGCAGAGGAGCCCAAGACGAUGCAAAAAACUCUGCUGUCCAGUAAGGGAUCCAGCUUUAGAUACAGUGGUCGGACCCAAAAACAGCUGCUGGAGUGUAUGGGGUCUAGAGAGAGGAAGACUGCACACUUGGAGAGGAACUUCUGUCAGUCAGACUACGAUCCCAGACACUGCCGCUCCUCUCCUGAUCUCCUAACAGACGUCUCAAAGCAGGUGUACGAGGAAUCCCAAGACUUCCCUUUAUCUGGUCACGCCAUGGGGGUCCGCAGUGAGGACGAGAUGGAACCAUAUCACCAAGGCAUUGACGACUUUGAAAUGGAUGGAGAAGGGGCUAGACGUCGCCAAUCACCCUUUGAGUUCCCACAUAGGACGCGGCCUUUCAUCCGAGUGACUCCCCUCUCUCCGUCUCCGCAUCAAUUUGCUCCUUCGCCCAAGAUGAGAUGCGCCUCCACAUCUGUGAUGGACGAGAUGAGGGGCGGACGUGUAGCGGCGCAACGCCAAGCCCAAAGGCUAGCCGGUGUCUAUGGCAACCGGUCACGCCGUCGGCCAAACCCCCAGCCCCAUCCGGAUGCCGCUCAACAGUUGGUUCUGCUCUACCCAAACACUCCUGCCUACCAUUAUCACCCUGUCCUCCCAUCGUUCCCUUUUGCUGGUUCAUCGCCACUCAACAGACACCCAUACUUGUCGGACUACGUGGCCGUCUCCUCGCUGGAGCGUUUCCCGCAGCCGAGGAGGCAGGAUUAUGGGACAAUGGAUGGGUUAUCAAGACCGACUUUCUAUCCGCUAGGCCAUGACUCUCCAUCCCUCUCGCCAAUGAUGAGGAAUCUCCGCCCAUCUGGUUCAGGGGGACUGGGAUUGGGGAGGGUUUAUCAUCCGGGAAGCAAUGGAGCCAGGUUUAUGGGUGUUGGACAUACUGAGGCGGGGCAUUACAGCGACGACUGCAACUUCCUCCCAGGGCUGCCUCGCCGAGCGGCGAGCCAGCCAGAUGUCAAAUUUCACCUCUCAAGGAGUGCCAACCCUGCCUUUAACCCCGCCUCUGAGUUCCGUCCCCUUGGCUACUACCCCCACCUGACACGCCCAUCCAGACCCACUUACCUCCCAUUAAACUCCUCCCCUCUCCCAGAACGUCCUGCCUCGCUUUACAAUCUCGGAGGCACCACAGGAAGCUACAGUGACUCAGAACCUGAGGUUUUCUAUCCAUAUUACUGCCCACCACCCCCACUGGGGAAAAUGGUACGGUCUGCUGGACUAGCCAGGAUGAGGUUUUCCUCUGGGAGCCUCCAACUGGACGAGGAGGACGAGGAGGAAGAGCAGGAGGAUGGAGCAGCAAAGGAGAAGGCAAAGAAAGAGUCAAAGGGGGAAGAAGAGAAGAAAGAAAAAGAAGGAGACAAGACCAAAAGUCCUGCAAAGGUUACUGAAGUCACACUGUAGAUAUAAAUGAAGAACUUGUGGACAAGCAAA